GGAUUAUUUGUUUUUUUAAUAAAAAAAAUAAUAUAUAGAGAGAAAGAAAGAAAGAAAGCUCUUUACGCGGCUGAAAGGGAAAACUUCAGGCGACGGCACCGGGAGCGAAAACGGAAACGGCUAGCGGCGGCGGAGGAGGACAAGGAUUGGAUAUUGAUUUCGAAUAUGAUUGAGUUAGGGAAGGUUUUGUUAGUCUGUAAGUGUGUUUAGUUUAGGUUUGGAAGAGAAUUUUUGAAGGUGUGAGAUUUUGGGGGAAAGAUUUUUUUUUUAUUGUUGAAGAGUUUGUUUUCUUAUGAAAGUUUGGAUUAAGUUCAUAGUUUGAUUGAGAAUCCCCCACUUGUGUUAAUAUUUUGUUUGGGAGUAUAAUGAUGUAGAUUAAAAUUGUCAAAAUGUGAAAGUAUUAUGUAAAAAGAACAACACAAUAUGUACUUUUUGGUUUUGUUGAAUGAUUUGGCCAAACCUUUUGUUAUGAGUUAGUAGUCAAGUAUCAGAAUGUGAAAGUAGGCUUUGGAAAGGAUUGUCUCUUGUUUUGUUUAGGCCGGAUUUUGAGCCAAUUAUGUCCAAGUAUUUGAUUGAGUUGCUAAUGAAGUUGGUGGUUUCUGGUUUUGGAGGCACUUUGUAUGUAUAUAUGUUAUGAAACAUAUUAUGUCCCUUCUAUGUAUUGCCUAUGUAAUGGCUUUAUAUUGACUUUAUGUUGUUUUUUAUAUUGUCUAUGUAUUGUGCAUUGAGAAAUCUGUUUCCUGAUAACCUGGUCAUUGAGCCCUUUCUUUUCUUUUUUCUGUUACCACUAAGUACACUUAAUCAGUUCCUAAAAAUUGUAGAGUUAACUUGUUACAAUUUUUAGAAUAUGGGGAUCUGUGUGCUCCAAAAUUUAAAUUGGGGCCUUAGGUGAUUCAACUAGCAUAAAUUAGGGACCCCAAGUGCUCUUUUACACUUUUCAGUUUGUUGUGGAUUGAAGUUCUGGGUUUGAAUUUGGAAUUUUUCUUCGUGUUUGUUAAUCUGAUAUGUUCUUUAAACCAGGUUCUGAGUUUGCACUCAACUUAAAGCUUCACUCAAUCCUUUUUCAGUGUCAAAACCCUAAUAUACAUGAACUUAGUUGUGUGAACCCAGUGGAUCCUUUGCUGUACUACUGCCACCUUCACCACCCGCCACCAAUCCCAUCUUUAUGUCAUGCACCGGUUGCCCCAGUCACCGCUCACCGUAGCUUGCAUUUAGGCUCCUUACUCUAUUAUUUUAAAAGUAGUAAUGGCGAACAUCUCCAAGGAAGAGCCAAAGACUGCUCCUCAACCCGAUAGAUGGUACAACCUGUCUCUAGGCUCUUCAUUCAAGGAUGAUUCCUCCAAGUAUUGCACUUUACGAUAUGAGUUUAAGCCGGCUUCUAUUGAUAAGAGCAAGCCUGGGUCCUUACACAAAACAAAGGAAAAUAGGGUUAGUGUAGAAUUCCAGAACAAUCAAUUGGGAAAACCUAAAGUGGCAUUCGAGGGAAAAAGUGAGGAUUACAAGGAGAGCGAUGCUGUAUUGUUCUUUGAUGGGGAGACUUUUCGCUUGGAGAGACUUCAUCGGGGCGUCAAACAACUCCGGCACGUUCGACAGCCUGGUGAAUCGAACGCUGCUGCUGCUGCUGCUGUUGCUGCAGUGAUAGAGCCUCGAUUAUCUCCAGUUGCAAAGGCUCAGAAGACUAUUCAUGUUGGUAGAAGCUCAUACCCUGCAGUGCCGGUUGAGGUGGAGCGAAUCGAUAUUGGUGGACCGGAGAAUGCUGUGAGUGCAAAAUCUGCCAGUAAGGGGACUGCUGCUGAUUAUACAUCUGAACCGCCAAGCGUAUCUGAACCACCAAACAUAUCUGAACCACCAAACAUAUCUGCUGUAUCACCCGAACCCAAGAACGUGGAAGUAGAUGAACAUCAUGAGAUAGACAUGGAAGACAUUUUUGGUUCUACAUCACCUGCAGCCGAAGAUGGAGAUGAUACUGCUGUUGCAGAAGAUAAAUCUAACGCAGCAGGGUUUGAUAUGAAUGUACCACGACAAAAUGACACGGAUGAUGAGAUUGCUGAUGUUGACGAUAGUGGUGAUGAAGUCGACAAAGGUCCAAAUGCUGCAGAAGCACUAAAAGCUCAAGUUACUGCAGAGGGUAGAGACGAACAGACUUCCUCUUCGAGUAGCAGCAGCGGAAGUGGAAGUAGUAGCAGUAGUGCAAGCAGUAGCAGCAGUAGCGACAAGGAAGGCAGCGAUGAAGAUUCCAUCAAUUCCAUUUGAGUGUCCAUGUUUUUGUUUUAAUCCCAUAGCUUGAAUUAAUCCAUAUCACAAAUUUGAGUGUGGAUGUCUAUCAAUAUCUAUUCUCAGUUCUCACUAUAUAAAUGUCAUGAGUUUUUUUUGUUGGCAAUUAAUUCCUGUAAAUUAUGUUAAUGUUAAAAUUCUAUUUAAUCAUAAGCAAUGAAAACCCAUGGUUAAUACA